AUAUAAAUGUUUGGGGUUCCUGUGUUCGCGUGGCACUGGAAAUAGCUUGGCAUUUAGUUCAAAAUGGCCGCGGAGGAAAGUCUUGCUCAGGGUAGGCCUUCGCGAAGAAAUGCGGGAAAUCGCAUGUCAAAACUGAUCGAAGAUGAGCAAGAAGUGGAUGAUUUCUACAAGACUGCCUUUGGUGGUUUUGAGGAGGAGGAAGACGAUCUAGAAUAUGAAAAGGAAGAGGAAGAAGAUGUCGAUAUUGUUGACUCUGAUUUUAGUCAGUCAGAAACAGAAGAAGUUAUUGAACAAGACGAAGAUGAACCGAAAAGAAAGAAAAAGAAAACAGUGGUCAAAGCCUACAGAAGGCCCAAGGAUGACUCUGACGAAGAUAAAAAGUCCAAACAGCCUCCUAAACCGAAGAAGAGUGAGGCCCCUCCGAGAGAAGGCCUACGAAAGAGCUCCCGUAGUCUCACAGUUUCUAAAGUCGAGGAACACAAACGUAGACAAUACGAAGAAAAAGAGAAGAAAAAGCUGAUUCAGAUAAAGCAGAAACAGUAUAAAGUAAAGGUGCCUGCAGGGAUGAGACGUUUAACGCAAGAAGAGCUCCUAGCAGAGGCAAGAAUAACAGAAGAGGAAAACACUGCUUCUCUGUUAGCCUACCAGCGCCACGAGGCGGACAAGAAAAAGACCAAGAUACAGAAAGUUACUCAUAAGGGCCCCAUUAUCAGGUUCUGCUCUCUGUCUAUGCCAGUAAUAGAUAUGAAUGAGCCUAUAGUCCAUGUAGAUGAGAUAGAUAAAGAGGAAGAAACCCAAACAAAGCAAAACAUGGACCCAACAAAGAGGUGCUGUAGAAACUUCAUGAUUUUCACUGAUGCAAAGAACUUUCCUGAUGCAUAUUUUCCCACUAAAAAGCCAAAGUACCCUCAGAGGACAUACUGUCCUGUUACUGGGCUACCGGCGCGAUAUCUAGACCCCAUUACGCAGCUACCAUAUGCUAAUGCACAGGCUUUUCGAUACAUCAGGGAAAAAUAUGCUAUGCAGUUAGAGGAGAAAGCUGCCGGUGAAGUAGAGCAUAGGAGACGCAGAUGAUGGAGCACUUGCACAUAGAGACAUGGGUGACAAAAGUGAACUAAAACUUUCACAGAGGGACAUACUAAACCUGCUAUUCCACUUACUCUAUAAAAGAAGGUCAACUUGUCACUUAUGCACUAGUGAAUUGAAACCCCAACCCCCAUGGUCCCAGGGAAGGGUAGGCACCGUGCACGCUAGUGCUAGCAACUAAGCAAAAUGUGAAUUCCUUUCCUAUGUGGAAAUGUUUCAUAUACUCGUGAAUUUUGAAUCACAGUCUUUCACAUCGAAAUCAUAUUUCAAGACGUACCACAGGCUUCCCAUCCGCGUCAGUGAAGGAUUUCUAAGGACAUACGAAUUCAUGCAAAUAAACAUCCAUGAGUUAUACCUUCAUGCUCUAUUCAUGAAAUAAACUUAGUUGGAGUGUAAA